AGAUUUCGGCUCAGCCGUCCUGAGCCGUGCCAUGACCGCGGUGGUCAUGGCAGAUGGGAAAGACUUUCAGUUCCCGGCCUUCUAUCAGCUGCCACCAUUCUUUACGCUGCAACCACACGCGGGGGUCCGUGCCAAGCAGCUGGAACUAUGGAAACAGCUCAUCUCUGAGUACUGCAGCUUCCACAGGCUUUUCAUCAUCAACCUCACAGAGGAGCCGCUUUUCCGGAACGCCUCGCUGCCGCGGCAGCUGCCCUUCGAGGCGCGCCUGGCGCUGGCGGAGCAUCUGGUGACGCACAGCGCGGCCUUGUGGGCCGAUGAAGUCGAAGCCAAGGAGGCGCCCAAGAAGGAGCGCCUCCUGGUGCUUUGGCGCUCCGUGUCUGCUUGGGCCGAUUUGAUCCUCCAAUGGGCCACCGAAAAUGCCCUGAUUGGCAGCGUUGAGACGGUGCAGGGCUUGAUUGACGGUGAGGCUGCGCAGGGACAGGAGUUCUAUGGUGCACCGCGGGCCUUGAUCAUGGCUGCCCUGCAGGAGCUCCAGCGGCGCAAUCGCGCCACCAUCUUCAGAAGCUCCACGGGAGCGGAAGGCGUCAAGUUCCUGUAAUGGCCUGAAAUGGCAGUCUCACGACCACAGCAGUGGUGCGAGCCGUGGCCAAAAA